AUGGUCGAAACCCUAAUCUCCUCCCUCUCGAAAGCGAUUAUCGCCGUUACGGGAUUCUUCUCUCCUUCUCUUCACACCCACCCAACUCGACUCUUCCAUUCUUCUCCUCCUUCUUCUCUCUUCCGCCGACUCGUCGUUCGCUCUACGCCGCUCGUUCUUCUCCCCGCCGCAGAAUCUCACUUCUCUAUUCUUCUCUCCGCCGGUUUCUCGUCGUUCUCUCUACCACCGAUUCGCCCUUCUCUCCGCCGCCUCGUCCUUCGCUCCACUGCCGCUCGUUCUUCUCUCCGCCGCCGUUCCGCCGAUUCUCGCAUCGCCAUGUUAGGCACUGUAGCCACUAGCCAAACCGCUUACUUCAACUGA